CAGAUGGAAAAUAUAUUAGAACAAUGGGGACCUUUGUGUACCUCAAUAGGGGUUGGAACAGCUGUGGCAGGGCUUGCAGCUACAUACUAUGUUGCCAGUAUGCCUGACCCCAAUUGUAUACCACCAGUUGACUUAAAUGACCAGUCCUAUCUUCUAGAGGAUGGUUCUAGAACAAGCAAGCUGGUUCCUAAAGGGGCAGAGUACAAGCCACUUUAUGAAGGCAUGGAAACCUUCUAUGAUGUUUUCCAGAGAGGCAUUAAACUGUCAGGUAAUGGUCCAUUUCUGGGAACACGUUCUGGUCCAAAUCAGGAAUAUGAAUGGCUGUCAUACCAGGAUGUAUAUGACCAGUCUGUAUCACUGGGGUCAUGGAUGGUCAGUCAGGGAAUGAAGAGUGAAGACAAGACAAUUAUUGGUAUCUUCAGUCAAAAUAGAAGUGAGUGGGUAAUAACAGAGAAAGCUUGUUCAGCAUAUAGUUUUGUACCUGUGGCAUUAUAUGACACUCUAGGAGAUGAUGCUGUCACAUUCAUUAUGGAGCAAACUGAAAUGCCUCUAAUUGUUGUUGAUUUAUCAGAAAAAGUUAAUAAAUUGUUACAAAUGGUUUCAAAUGGGCGUGGCAAAAGUCUUAAAACCAUCCUUGUGAUGAACGGGUUAGACGGGGUGGAUCAAGAACUUGCAGCCAAGGUCAAGAUCAAGGUUGUUUCCUUCAAGGAGGCCCUGGAAAAAGGAAAAUCUGACCUUAGAAUUGUCAAGCCUCCAAGUCCUGAUGACAUAGCAAUAAUGUGUUAUACCAGCGGAACUACAGGUAAUCCAAAAGGUGUGGUGAUUACUUACAGACAGGCUAUUGCUCAGAUGACUAUGAUUAGUAUCAAUGACUAUCAUUACAGAAAAUUCAAUAAAGAUGACGCACAUUUGUCUUACCUUCCUCUGGCUCACAUGUAUGAACGUAUUGGUCAACAAUGUUUGACCAUGGAGGGAGCUAAGAUUGGAUUUUUCCGAGGGGAUGUUAAACUGUUGUUAGAUGAUUUGCAGACGUUAAAACCUACCGUGUUCUUCUCUGUUCCCAGACUUAUGAACAGAAUCUAUGAUAAGGUGAUUGCAGGAGUUAAAGCCAGUAAAGUGAAACAGUUUCUGUUUAAUUGGGCAAUUUCCUCCAAGGAGAAGGAACUGAAACAGUAUGUAAUAAGACGUAACAGUAUUUGGGACAAGAUUGUGUUUAAGAAGAUACAGGCAUUGUUUGGUGGUAAAGUUGAUAUUGUUGUCACAGGUUCUGCCCCACUAGAAGCAGAAGUUUUAACUUUCUUUAGAUGUGCUCUUGGUUGUGCGUUUGUAGAAGCAUUUGGACAAACAGAAAGUGUUGCAGCAGUAACUAUGGGGUUAGUUGGAGACUGGAGUGCAG